GUACCAGACCGCUUCUCUGACAGUCAGAGUUAGCACUCGGAGUUUGCCGUACUCGCUGCAUACAGUUUUAUUUAUCGUGUCCUCGCCAUAUAAUAAUAUGCAUUGGCACCGAUUACGUGGCAUUAUCAUUCAUAUCUUCAAUAUUUGAUUAAAUAAAAUUGAUAAUUGUCAUUUUUGUUUUUAUAUCUUCAUUGAUAUCGCAUCGGAUUGAUCAACAAUAAUUGGUAAAUUAUUAAUUAUUAACAAGUUUUAAAUUACGUGUGAAAUGUCUUAAUGUAAUUUAACAUCAGCUAGCACGCGGAGUUAUUCUUCACAAGAUAAUGCGACAGUGAAAGAUAUUUAUUAAUAUCACUUAUGUGUGAUAUUUUCGUGAGUAAAUAAUUAUUUAAAGUGAACAAGUGUGCGUUAGUUGUUCAACGAUAUGACUUUAUAUUUUUUACAAUAAUUAUUACGAGUACGAAGACGAUACCGGAAUAUGGCGGAAGAGGCUGAUCAGGGAACACUCUGCUAUGGACCAGGCAGUAUUGCUGGAGCUGUUAUUGGAACUUUUUUAACAACUAUCCUUAUUUUGGCUGUUACUAUUUUUUUAUACCGACAGUGGCGCAAACACAAAGGAAACCACUUGGUGUUAGUGACAGACCCGGAAAUUGUUGAGGAUGCCUAUGCAUUUGAUAAUCCGUGUUUCAAAGACGCGACACCCGCGCAAACCCGGCAAAUUGAUAGGCCGCUGUCAAUCAUCUCGACAGAAACUCCGACCAAGGAUUCAAUGAAAUGGUCUUCUCCUUGGUCGUCUCUCGGCCUUGGCUCGGGAAACAAAUUCGACAAAAGAAAAACUCUUGACGAUUCUUGUCUCGGCGCAAACGCCACGCGAAUUAGCGUGAUAAGUUUGAGAAGCCGAGAUUUUACAGGGCUGGGUUUCAAUGUGUGUGGAAACAUGAGAGAAGGUAUCUUCGUUAAAGACCUGCUCCAUCGCGGUCCCGCCUCAGAAUCCGGUCGGAUUCAUCCAGGUGACCGGAUAGCCAGCGUUAAAAUCAGCUUCAGAAGCAUGGUCUACGAAGACGCAUUAACAAUUCUCAGCUACGCUUCCCCUUACGACGUCGAGCUGGAAGUUGAAAGUGGCGGUAGCAGUUCCCGACCUACAACUCUACUAAAGAAAACAGUCGGUCCAACUCCGUCACGAAUUUGCCACCCACUUUACAGAAGCCAAUCAAUUCCCGAACUUUCAAAAGUCGAUAAAAACUCAGCUAAGCGUCUUUUCAUCGCCGAUCCAAACGAGUCACUAGGCUCGAAUUAUUCCACGAUGAACUCAACCUUAAAGUCUUCCAAGUCGACUCCUGGCAGCCAUACGCUUGAGCGCCGACACGAGGAAUCCAAGGGUAAUAAUCAUCAUUUCAAGUUCGGGAUCAAAGUACUCCCCGUGCUCGAUAAUACCGUUUACAGAAUUGAAAAUCAGAACGAACAUAAUACAAAUCUCGAGCGACACAACUCUCGUAAAACAGAUGCUGAAAAAAAUAUAAUAAACAGUAAGAAUUUAAAUUCCGUUGACGCUAAGCCCGUUAAAGACGGUAAAGUUACUGAGCGUAUUCAGCAGCGUGAAAAUAAUUCCGGAUUAAAAGGUGGAGAAAGUGUCGAUGCAAUUGACAGUAAAUUAACUAAUCAGAGUGAUAAAUUAAGCAUCGAAGUUGAUAUUCCUUCAGAAGUUCCUGCAGAGGUGCAUAAUGCUGCAAUUGCAGCAAGAAGAAAUCGCAAAAACAGCGCAGAGCUUCUUAAAUCUCCCAAGAUUAUUACUUCACCAGAAUUUCCAGGAGAUUUUGAAGAAAAGAGCCCGCAGAAGAGCAAAAGAAAAGCUCCAGCACCUCCCGGGUCCCCAAUGAAAGAAAUUCCGGGCAAAUAUGAAGUGUUGAAGCACGAGAGAGAAGAUAUUGAUGAUAAAAUUGAAAGUAUUACAGAUUACACUGAAUCUUUGAAUGAAUAUGUCGUAAAAGUACGUGAUACUGGUGAUAGACAGUCGAGAUUGAAGGAACGUUCUUCUGAAAGACGAAGUUCUGAAUCCGACACUGAUAAUGAAACACAGGACAGUUUUACAACAAUAGAACUUAAUCCCGCUGACAUUACAAUUCACCACACACCUAUACCUCAUAUUGUUGACGACGAUGACCCUGAUGACGGGUACAGAAAAGCCGCUAGCUUAGGAGACUUGUCCAAGUACGAGGCCAAGAGCUCUUCGACUCUAGAACGAGCUCAGAGUCUUGAUAUGACUGAUACUUCAUUAAGAAAACGCAAAACUCCCCUUCCGCCUGAAGAUAUUACAGAAGUAACUGAAGAUCUUACUAAGCUGGAUGAAAUUGAUACGUUUGAUAGGCGAAAAUUGAAGAAAUCUAGCGAGUGGGGAACUUUGGAAGACGCUAUCUGGAAUAAAAUGGACUCUGAUGAUAUUUCUGAGAUAAAGCCGAAGAUAAGGAAGAAGAGUAGUGGUACGCUUGAACGAUCUAAAUCUGCGGUGGAGAUAAAAUUAAAAGAAGGCAUGACUUCAUUUAAUCAGGUUGAUAAUAAAAAUGAAGAUUGCAGUAUUGAGCUUUAUAAUUUACCGCUGAGUAAGAGUCUUACAAGGGAUUUUAUUGCUGCUGAAAGGUCGUUUAAUCCUGAUGAAGACAAUUCUUUGGCGAGAAUUGUUAACAAUGGAGAGACGAUUAAAAACCCGAGCUUGGAUGAAAUAGAAUUGGAUUUUAGACAAGCGAAACCUUUUAUGGGAGAGCUAGAGGAGGAUGUAGCUGUGAUUGACAAUGAUGAAGAAGAAAUGGUAAAUUCGCCAGUGAGCGAGUCUUUUGGCAAAGCGUUGAGAUUUUUUGAUCUGCAUGCUAAGGAAGAAAAAAAUGAUCUCGGUAAGAAGACUAACGGGGACGUUGAUGUUUCUUCAAUGUAUGCUGGGUUAAAAGAGGUGACUGAAGAGCCAAUGAGGAAGAAAAUAGUGAACAGAAGGUGUCCGUACUGCGACGGAGAUGAACUGCAUGACAAAAGUUGUUCUCUUCACAGUCGUCUGGUGUCUGGUGACACAGAUUCCGGUGACAGUCUGAGUAAUCGUAUUGGCGAUGAAGAAAAGUAUUACAAAGCUAUUGAGGAUCAAAUUGAAAAAAGAAUGACUGGUAAAAUGAAUAAGGUUGAACAGGAGGAGGAAGAAAUUGAUGAUGGGUGUGAUAUUGGCUCCAGUGUUACGAUCAAUAGCAAUAGCAAGUCCCAGUCUCCGGGAAAUGAUCGGCAUAAUGUUAGCAAUGUUAGUGUCUCUAGUGGAGAGAACAGUGAGGACAGUGGGCUGGUUGGUGAGUCUGGGGAGUUCAAUCAAAUUGAUGCUAAGCCUACUGUUUCUAGUGUUCCAAUAGGAACGCAAGAUUCUCCGAGGAAAAUGACGUACAUCACUGAAAUAAAAGUUUCUCCGAGCAGAGAGAUCAUUCGUGAGGUUGAGGAUGUUGAGAGCAAUCGUGAUAUACCUGCGAUUAAAGGUGAAGUCACUGUGACGUCAAAUGGAAAGUCUAUGCCUGGUAGAAAGCCACCCGUACCUCCGAGAAGAAGCGACGCUUCUAAAGCACUCAAAGAUAAGGCUAAUGAUAAACAGGUUGUUUAUGUUUCGGAAUAUAAAAGUCCGAAUAAAAAUAUUAUUGAGGAUAAAUUGGAUAGUAAUUCUAGUAAUUCUGGGAGCAAGAAAAUUGAUCAUUGGAUUUAUUUGGGAGAUAAUAAAGAGCAAAAUCCUUGGGGUAAUGGAUCCAGUCAACCACAAUCGGUUACUAAUAUUGUCGUUGCUUCUGGUGAUGAAAAAAUAUUUCACCAGUAAUAUUUAUAUGGUUGGUUUUUAAGAAUGGCAAUUGUCACUUGAUAUAUUGCAUUUUAUAUUUUUUAAUAAUGGUAUUUUAAUACAGGAUCUAAUUACUGUGUAUCAUAGGUAGUUUUUGUUUUAAGGUAAAAGACCCAGUUAUUGACACUGGCCUAAUUAUUGACACGCAAUUUUAUUUUAAUUUAAAAAAACUAAUAAAUUAAGGGAACACCACUGUGACGGUCGAAAAUAAAAGGUGAUUUUAGGGAAUUUUUUUGACAAGGAAAAUAAAAGAAUUUGGAGAUCGGAUUUUUUUUAUUUUAUUAAGGGUACUUUAAAGA